AUGAAUGAAUCAAAUGAAGACUCGGAUCAGAAUUAUAGCGAAGACAUGAGUGAAGAAUCAGAUGAUAGUUAUGUCAAAACGAAGAGAAGGAAAAGCAAUAAAACACAAGAAGUGGUGACUAAAGCGGAUUCAGUGGAAGCGAUGACACGAAAACCUAAUAUAAAUACUAAGAAAUGCUUUGAUAUGAAGACAAAGACAUACAUUUGUCCUAUCAAUGAGUGCCACAAGAGUUGCGAAACAAUUACACAGUUUUACAGACAUUUACAAUCAUAUCUUAAGACACACUCCAAGACUCACAUAAACUUUAAAUGCCAUUAUAAUGGCUGUGAAUACGAAACGCAUACAAAAGCACUUUUUACCGAACAUUUAGCCAUUCAUUCAGCGGACAAACCAUUGUUUAGAUGCGAUGUCAUUGACUGCGGGAAGACAUUGAAGUCAUCGUUCGGUUAUAAACUCCAUUCGCUGAGACAUCAAAACAAACCGACUCUCAAGUGUGGUAUCAAUGGAUGUAAUGAUAUGUUUCUAUAUAGUUGCCAACGACGCAGACAUCAAACCCGUGUUCACAAUCGGGCGCCUUUGGUGCCCAAAAAACACAAAUACGGCUGCGAUUGGCCGGGAUGUGAGUGGACGGGCCUUCACGUCAAUGAUCACAAGCGUACCCAUACGGGCGAUAAGCCGUUCCAGUGUUUAUGGCCAGAGUGUGGCAAACGGUUCCGAAUGAAUAUCCAGUUGAAAGCACACAUGAAUAUUCACAAUAACGUUAAGCCGUAUGCGUGUCAUUGGCCCGGAUGUCAGUUUAGGUCCGCUAGUAAUGCAAAUUUUCACAAACAUGUGCAAAAUAUCCACAAAAAGUGA